AUGCCUAUAACUCGAUCUGCUAAUCGAGAAAUAUUGCCAUACGAUCCAGAAAUUGAAAGAACUCUACGCAAGUUAAGAAAACAAUCUCGGAGGAAAUUGGAGUUUAGUGCACUGGCUACUGAUUCCCCAUCUUCCUCACAUUCUAAUUCAGAAGAAAAACCCAUGGCUCAAAAUCGUACUUUAAAAGAGCUUGGAGCUCCAAAUUUAGAUCAACAGCCUUUAUGCAUUACGUUUCCUGCUUUAGAUGCUAAUGUACAAUUUGAAUUAAAAUCUGGGUUAAUUCAUCUUUUGCCUUCUUUUCAUGGACUUGCAGGUGAAGAUCCUCAUAAACACUUAAAAGAAUUUCAUGUGGUAUGUUCAAGUAUGAAACCCACGGGGGUUACUGAAGAACAAAUCAAGUUGAGAGCAUUUCCAUUUUCUUUGAAAGAUUCAGCAAAGGAUUGGCUAUAUUACUUACCUUCCGGGAGCAUCACCACAUGGAAUGACUUGAAGACGGUGUUCCUUGAAAAAUACUUUCCAGCGUCAAGGGCGGCCAACAUAAGAAAGGAAAUCUGUGGUAUAAGGCAACACAAUGGAGAGUCAUUGUAUGAAUAUUGGGAGCGUUUCAAAAAGCUGUGUGCGAGCUGCCCUCAUCACCAAAUCACUGAACAAUUGCUCAUUCAGUACUUUUAUGAAGGACUCUUUCCAACUGAUAGAAGCAUGAUUGAUGCUGCAAGUGGAGGUGCUUUAGUUGAUAAGACACCGGAUGCUGCAAAGAAUCUAAUUGCAAACAUGGCAGCAAAUUCUCAACAGUUUGGCAAUAGAUUUGUCCAACCGUCCAAGCAAGUGAAUGAGGUAAGUAUUUCCAAUCUUGAACAACAGGUGGCUGGUUUAACUACUCUUGUUCGUCAAUUGGCUGUAGGAAAUAUGCAAACUGUGAAGGCUUGUGGAAUUUGCUCGGUAGUUGGACACCAAACUGAUGCUUGCCCAACUCUUCAAGAAGAACCUAUUGAACAUGUCAACAUGGCUGGAGGUUUUCCUGGACAACCUCAAGGUAUGAAUCUUGAAGAUAUUGUUAAGUCUCUUGCUACUAAUACUUUACAGUUCCAACAAGAAACACAACAAUUCCAACAAGAGACAAGGUCAAGUAUUCAAGAAACAAGGGCUAGUAUUCAGAAUUUGGAAAGACAGGUGGGACAACUAGCAACUGCAAUCAACAGGUUGGAGGCACAAAACUCUAGAAACUUACCAUCUCAAACGGUUGUUAAUCCUAAAGAGAAUGUAAGUGCAAUUAGUGUGAGAAGUGUGUUGUUGGAAAAGAAUGUUGAUUUGGACAAUGAAACAAGUGUAGGAAACAUUGCCAACAAUAAAGAGAAGUCUCAAGGUAAGUUUUCAUCUUUUUCUGAUUAUAAACCAGUACCCCCAUUUCCUCAAGCUCUUUUAGAAACAAAGAAAACAAAGUCAAAUAAUGAUUUAUAUGAGACAUUUCGUGAAUGUGAGGGUAAUAAUUCAUUGUUAGAUUCUAUUAAAAAAGUACCUCGUUAUGCAAAGUUUCUGAAAGAGUUAUGCACUAUAAAAAAGAAACAAAAUGAAGGAAAAACUGAGGAGGUGAAAAUCCAAGAGAAUGUUUCUACUGUGAUUCAAAACAAGCUUCCUGAAAAGUGCAAAGAUCCAGGUAUGUUUACUAUUCCAUGCAUGAUAAGUGGUGUGAAACUUGAAAAAGCCAUGCUAGAUUUAGGAGCUUCUAUCAAUGUCAUGCCAUAUUCUGUUUAUACUUCUUUAAAUCUUGGACCCCUAAAUAAAACUGGUGUAGUGAUUCAAUUAGCUGAUGGAUCUACUACUUAUCCUAGGGGUGUGAUUGAGGAUUUGCUUGUUGAAGUUAAUAAUUUGGUUUUUCCUGCUGAUUUUUAUGUGCUUGAUAUGGAAAAUAAUAAUAAAAUUCCUCAUAUUUUGUUAGGAAGACCAUUCUUAAAAACUGCAAAAACUAAAAUUGAUAUUCAUAGUGGGAUGCUUACUAUGGAGUUUAAUGGUGAAUUUGUUGUUAAAUUCGAUGAAAUUGCAUCUAAUGAGAAUAAAGAUGAAAAAAUUAAUAAAUCAUUUUUGAGUACUAAUUUGCAGGAAGUGGUGAUUGAGAAGAUAUGCAAGCCUAUGGUAGAGCAAUUUUAUAGGAAUGAACUUGAGUGA